AUGUCGGGUGACUCUAUUGGAAGCCGUCAAAGCCUCAUGCAUAGUGAGGUGGAUUAUUGGUUGGAAUUAUUGGAAGAGCAUCCUGAGUUUGAGCAACUCCAGUUUCAAUCGACUAAUAACGGCAUUGCAGUUGCGUACGACCAACUUCGAAAUGAAACUGUUUGGAUACGAAAAGACCCUUAUGGCCACAAGGAAGAUUGGCUUUUAAAGCAAUAUCUGCCGCGUUGGAAGAAAUUCUCGACUCACAAGAACAUUCUUCAAAUGAAACACGCACUCACUGCGUGCCCGGUACUCCGUCUAUUAAAGAUCAUUGUUUUUGGAUAA